UAGUGUGAUAGGAAAUGCAAGUACCAGGGGCAUUUAGUAAGUAUGGAUUAAAAACACUAACUUCGAAGAGCGCAAACAUAGUUUUGUCUCAUCGCGAAUGGAAUGGCAUCAUUAAAAUAGCCGUCGCAUAUUCAUCAUUAUAUAGAAUUUAUCGUUUGCUUGCGAUAUACUUUGAAGAAAAAAAGGAGAUCGAUAUCCUAUAGUGUAUGAUGGCUGUUAAUAAAUGGAUGUAUUACACGUUUUCUGUCUGUCUUAUGCUGUUCGUUGCAAACAAGGUUGAGUGCAAACGUUAUAAACACAUAAAAGAGGUCCUUGACUCGCAACUUCGAGACUAUCUAUUAAUCAAACCGUACCGAUCAACAUCGGAAGGAAAGUAUAUCUCAAAAUUAUUAGACGCUGAAUACAAGCGAGGAAAAAAUGAAUUUGAAAGAAUAACUCGUAAGUUACGGAAGCGCAAACCACGGGACAUUGAACCUCUUCAGUUUCAUUUCAAUCUAAAUUCUACAAGGCAUGAAAAUGAGAUAGUUUUAAAUGUUACCGGUAACGAUCGCUUGGUGGUACCCGGUAUGAAAGUUAAAUUCUUCAGAGAUGAUGGAACAUCAUUUUCUAGGCUUGCAAAACGAAGAUGCCACUUCAACGGACAUAUUCCUGGAGACGAUAGGUCCAGGGUUUCUAUAAGCACAUGUAAUGGCAUGAUGGGAUGGAUUUAUAUGGAUGAUCAACAUCAUCUCAUUGAGCCUUUAGAUGUCGAUGGUCACGAAGAGGAGCAGUACCAUGUGUUCUAUAAGAAAGCAGAUAUAAAAUCGACAGCUCAUUCCAAUAAGGAUGGUAUCACUUUAGGCUUUAAUCUCCAAGACGAUAUGGUAGGCCCAGUAGAGGCGUUUUUAAAUAAAAGAAAAAAGAGAGAUAUUUCGUAUAACCAACAAUACUCUAUAGAAACAUAUGUAGUAGGCGACAACACAGUAAUUGAUAUGCAUGGCGAAGAGGGCGCAGAGCAGUAUUACUUAACAAUGAUGGAUAUUGUCCAUCAAGCGUUUCAACAUGACUCUCUGAAAGCGGACGUCCAUGUGGUAGUUUCUAGAAUGAUGUUCCUCAAUAAGAAACAGUCCGAUAAACUGAUUGAUGACGAAGAUCCAAAUGUUAGCCGUCGAAAUAUCUGCGAACAUUUCUCCACACAACACGUGGAUGACGACUCUGAUCCGGAUCAUUACGACGCCUUAGUAUUUCUUACAAGAAGAGAUAUGGACAAAGCUGGUAUCGCACUAGUGAGUGGAAUGUGCAAAAGGAAGCAGAAUUGUGUAGUUGUUCGUGACCAAGGUCUCCCGGCAGCAUACAUUGUAGCCCACGAACUCUCUCAUCUGUUAGGCGUAGGCCAUGACACGUCAAAAAAUAACUGCUCAGAAGCGGCUGAAUCAGGCAGUAUCAUGGCACCAUUAGUAAUUUCAAACUAUGAGUUACAUUUUUGGUCGAAUUGUACUAACGAUUUCCUUGAAAAAAAAAUGAGCACGUUUCCAUGUUUACUAGACAAUCCAUUUAGAGGGGAUUUUUUUGAACCGGUUGCGAAUCCCGGCUCAUUGUUUACAUUCGAAGAUCAAUGUCGGUUUAUACACGACGAGAGAUUUGGGGCGUGUCCCUGGGCUAUUCCUGCAUAUGGGAUUGAUCCCUGCUUUACACUUAUGUGCUCCGAUCCAGACAACGCAACACUCUGUGCGCAUGACCACGCCAACUCCCCGGCUCUAGAUGGUACGGCAUGCGCUGAUGAAGCGUGGUGUCAAGCAGGACAAUGCACUUUUAUGAACCAGAUAAACGGAGGUUGGACGGAGUGGACAUCGUGGAGUGACUGUUCGUAUCCGUGUGGUGGCGGUGUUACAGGCAGGACUCGAGAAUGCUCAAACCCCAGACCAGAAAAUGGCGGAAGAUAUUGUGAAGGCGAGAUGGACGAAUUCAAAGUGUGCAAUAAGGAGAAAUGUAAUGGAAAACCUGAAGACAUGAGGGCGUUAUACUGUGAAUCUUUCGGUAAUGAAUUUUCCAAAGGGGACUGGAAACCUCACGAACUUGAAGAAGAUGAUCGUCAGUGUAUGGUGACGUGUGAGAACCGUGAUACUAACGAGGUCAAAACGUUCGACUUCUUUAUUAGCGAUGGAGCGCAUUGUUCGUAUGAGAAUCCAUACGGAAUUUGCGUGCAGGGAUUUUGUCGGAAAAUUGGAUGUGAUAAGGAGUUUGAUUCGAAUAUGAUGGAAGAUGAUUGUGGAGUAUGUGGAGGGGAUAAUUCUCAAUGUCAAUAUCCUAAGGAAACAUACACGGAUACAUUGGACACACAAAUAAAACUUAUCGCUCGAGUUCCCUCUGAUGCUCAUAACAUUAUCAUAUCUCGGCCGUACGAUGACCUGUAUGACAUUGGUAAGAAUGGUGAUCAUUGUUCAUUUCUCAACAUCAUUUUGUAA